AUGAUGGCUACUCCCGACACUGCCUCCCCCACCACAUCAUUCGAAACUGAGGACACAAUUAGAUUAAGUAGUUCUUUCGUUAGUACUGCUUCCCCCUCAGAAGAUUCCAUCGAUAUGAAUGGAGUUUCUAGAACAAACAUGAACCAGAGUGGGCAUGUUUCUUCUCUUUAUCCAGGAUUCAACCCACCAGUUCUCAAUCUGCAAUGCAAUGAUACAACACAAAGCUUUUCCGACUACGAACGUUCUAGCAUCUCAUCUUCAACUACCGAACUUGCCGAUGGACUUUAUCCUGGAAAUUCAAUUCAAAGUGAGUUUCCUUUACCAAAUUACUCAAUUUUUUCCAAUACUCAAGCAGCCACUUCUGUAGUGUCUUUACCAUUGUACGAACCUCCAAGUCAUUUUCAAGGUGCUAAUCAACUAUUUAAAAUCAACAUGGAAUCUACUCCCGAUUUAGGUACUUAUUGGUCCAAUCACGCUAUUGAAACUACCAGAAAUUUAGAUCUUGGCAAUUAUUCAUAUGAUUCUAUUUCAGAAUACAAUAAUUCCACUUUACCUGAUUUAGUGGAUACAAGUGCUGGAAGCUUAUUAGCUGAACAAAUUCGAGAAGGAGAAUACCCCAUCACUCCUAAUUUAAGUGAUGGAUCUGUACCUCCGAUAUUCCCUGAGAACAAUGGCUUACCACCUUCUUGUAAGUCAUCGGCCAUGUACUUUGCAUUAUCCCCAAUGUCGGAUGAAAACUUAGUGGUAUCAAUUCCGAAAUCAAAUGGUGGUAUUCACAAAACACAAACCCCUUCUUUACAACGAUUUGUUGCUACCAAGAAUAACAUCUCCCAAUAUCCUUUAAACAGUCCUGUACUGUACACAACUCCCACAAUGGAGACUUCCCCACAGUUUAAUUCACUAUAUACUAAAUACAACGGAUUUGAUUUCCAACCUCCUCAGUCGCCAUUCUCAACGUCAACCACUCCUCCUAUUGUUAAUGCUGGACAACAACUUCCCACAAUGAACGUGUUUCAUCAUAAGAGUGAUACUGAAGGACUUACCAACUAUGCAAAUGCGCGAUACGAAAGACAUAGUUGUUCUUCCUUACAUCCGCCAAAGAAAAAGGGAAUCAUGAAACCAACCAAAGAAAGAAAGAAGUGUGAUGCCAAUAUCCACAACAACAAGACAUUAGACGAUGGAAAUAUGUUAUCAUCCUCUCCGGUAAAGAAAAAGUAUACUAGAAGACGCCUACUUCCCAGAUCUAAGAAUGGAUGUUGGAUCUGUAGAAUCAAACACUUGAAGUGUGAUGAAGUUAGGCCUGCCUGUGCCAGUUGCAAUAAAUUUGGUAUUGAAUGUGAUUAUUCUCCAGAUAAACCCGAGUAUGUCAUUAACAAGGAAUUAAAGAAACAGAAGUUAAUUGAGAUUACAAUGACAAGAAAGAGAAAUUGUAGUGGGUCAAGAAAGAAAGUAUGA